AUGUGGCUAGCCGAGAUGUUUGUCCAGGUGUCAGGCAAGAAUUUUCAAGAAUUAUCUGUCAGUGAAAUUGGUGUCACAGUUUCGUGGUUUUACGAAGAGGCGGAGAGCGGGGACGAUGUCGAAACUCUGACACUCAAGAAAUUCAGAGGGGACUUGGCAUACAGACGGCAAGACUACCAGAGAGCCCUGCAGGAGUACUCCAGCAUCUCUGAGGAGUUGUCGCAGAGCAAUUUUGCCAUGAAGAGGGACGCCCAAGAAGGGCAGGCUCGGUGUCUCGCUCACCUGGGGAAGCACAUGGAGGCCCUGGAGGUAGCCACCCACUUGGAACAUCAGGCCACCAACACGGACCACUUAACCACCGUGCUCCACCUCCAGUUGGCCCUGUGUUCCCGUCGGCAGCACGGGGAGGGGACUGUCCUCUGCCUGCAGAAGCUGAUUUCCUUGCACCCGUUUAAUCCCUGGAACUGGAGCAGGCUGGCAGAGGCGUACCUGAGCCUAGAGCCAGCUCAGAAAGGGGACAGUCUCACCCCAAGUGACAAAUCGCCCGAAUCCUCCACCCCUCCCUUGGGAAAAGACUGGCGUCUGUGUUCCCCAGAAACCUCGCCCCGGAGCAGGCGGUUGUCUGUGGAAGUCCGUGGCAGCAGCAGCCCACUCACCCAGGAAGGCCUUGCCCACCCCCAGCCCUGCUGGUCAGCAGGGAGAGCGACCAUGCUGGCAGAGACUCGGGUGAAGGUGUGCGCCGCCCUGACGAGAGCCAGGCUUUUGCUUCAGCUCACCCAGUGUCAGCAAACAUCGUUCGCUUUGGAGAGGAACUUAGAGACUCAGCGGGCCAUUGAGGAUCAAGUGCAAAGGCUCAGCUUCAAAGAAGACGCUUUGCUGUUUAUUUCUGAGGCGAUGGGGGAGGACCUAGUUCCUGAGAAGAUACGCGACGAGGUUCACGCAGAGGUGAGGUGCGUGGGCUCCGAGGCCCUGGCUGCCCUGGUGAUCACAUCUUCGGAAGAAUUCGAAGACAGAUGGUUCAAAAGGAUCAAAGACCGCUUCUGUCAGUUCCAUACAGAGAUAGAAAUCGGGGCUUCGCGGUCGGUUGAAAACCACUUCCGCUGUGUACUGAUUGCCUCUGGUCCCUUCAGCCCGGAGCCACUGCUCAGCACGAUGAGAAAUCGGGCAUCUCAACUGCUUUUGUUCGUUUUAGAAGAAGGACUUCGCUCUCAGAUUGCUUGUGCUUGAUUGUCGUUGCUGUCUGGUUUACAUGUUUGUUACUUAAGUACAGAAGCUUAGACUUUGUAACACCCACUGCCCCUUAGAGCGUGUCUGUUGAGCAGUUCAUAAAAGGCUCUUGGGUUUUGCCUGUAAUGACCCACAGCCGUGGCAUCAACUAGAGGCAAGCAGCCCUUGAGGCCGGGGUAGAACUGCCCACAGCCUUUCCAAGGAUGGGCUCUGGAGACAGAUAGCCACAGCUUCCUCCGGGGAGGAGCCUCUCAGGGUUCACCCGCCAGCCUUUCACUUCGCAGCCCAGGGCUUCACCGCUGUGCCCCCAGGGUCCCCCCAGGGUUCCCAGGCUCAAACUGGCGAGGGAAGGGUUCUCAUGGUUUCGGUAAACAUCACGGAUGCAAAGAUGGAAAUGGGAUCGUAAGCAUCUGUGAAGAGGAUGUGCACGGUGGCGGCUGAGGGUCCACUGCAGCUGGCCUGCCCCGGCCUGGUGGAUGCUGGGAGCACUCGAGAGCUCCCUGGGCCAUUCAGCAAGCAGUGUAAGCUUCAGCCUCUUUGCAUCAGUUCCUCUUGCCCCACCCCCACCCCACCCUUGGUGGCUCUGUGGUAGGGCAGUGGAUCAUCACACAGCAGGGGCUCUGAGCGUAGGGGAGAGACACCUGAGGAGAAGACCGGCUCCAGACACAUCGGGAAAGGGCGCUCUACAACACAGCUGUUGGUGCCUUGCUCAGGAGACGUGCAGACGUGGGAGAAACCCAGAGAGUGUGGGCUCAGGGUAACUGUUCAGUUCUCCCCGUCACACCAUGGCCACAGCCUAUCAUACUGGCCGAUAUGGAGGGCCAUUCCUCAGUGAGCUAGCUGGACUGAAAGCUCCUAUUUGAGAAGUGCAAUAAAAAAUAUCCCACCCAGCUUUUCUGAAAACCGCUUUAUCAGAGGGUUGAGAAUAUCAGCCCCAGGCAAAAGGCGGAAGCCAUCAGGAUUUCCCUCCCAUGGUCCUCUCCGAUCUUCUGAAGCAGGCAGGAUCUGACUUUGUUUAUGCUUUGAUUGUUCUCUCAAUACGACUGUUGGCUCACCUGACCAGUCCUUGCAAGCUUACUCUUUGACCUCCAGUGUGAAAUAAAGACUUUGGCCAAUAAACAUUUUGAUAUUAGAGACCAUUGAA